CCUGCUUACAUUUUCUCGAAGGCAAUCCAUGGACGGAUUGCUUCCAACUACAACUCCUAUAAAUCCUAGCGCUGUUACAAUAUCCGGAACAGCAAGCGCAGAGGCCCUCUGUACUUGUAGUUUCAAGCACCGGAAGCCUAGUAGAGGAAAAGGGGGAUUUUCCGCCAUCACCGGGACUACAAGCCCCAGCAUGCUUUGGGUAACCCGGGGCGGUAAUGGCGGCGGUAGCGCCUGCGCAUUGCGGUCUCCGUGCGGACCGCGCAGAGUGAAUAAUAAAGCUCUCCUCCUCGGUGGUAGCGGGCGGCGGAGGAGGGAGCGGAGGGCAGGAGCAUGUCGAAGGGCCCGGUAGGGACCGGGCCUCCUGCGACCGGGCCGGUGGUGGCCGCCAGCGCGCUCCAAGCGCAGCCCGAGAAGCCGCAGCACUACACAUACCUGAAGGAAUUCCGCACAGAGCAGUGUCCCCUGUUUGUGCAGCACAAAUGUACUCAGCACAGGCCCUACACAUGCUUCCACUGGCACUUUGUUAACCAGCGUCGUCGCCGAUCUAUCCGCCGUCGGGAUGGCACCUUUAACUAUAGCCCUGACAUUUACUGCACCAAAUAUGAUGAGACCACAGGGAUCUGCCCUGAAGGAGAUGAGUGUCCAUUCCUGCAUAGAACUACUGGUGAUACAGAACGGAGAUACCAUCUACGUUACUAUAAAACUGGAAUCUGCAUCCAUGAGACUGAUUCAAAAGGAAAUUGCACCAAGAAUGGCCUUCAUUGUGCUUUUGCUCAUGGACCACAUGACCUACGUUCUCCAGUUUAUGAUAUCAGGGAGCUUCAGGCCAUGGAAGCUUUGCAGAAUGGCCAGACCACAUCAGAAAGUGGCAUAGAAGGUCAGUCUGCAGUUGCUGCUAGCCAUGCUAUGAUAGAGAAAAUACUCAGUGAAGAGCCAAGGUGGCAAGACACAACAUAUGUUUUGGGAAACUACAAAACAGAACAGUGUAAGAAGCCCCCACGCCUCUGUCGCCAAGGUUAUGCCUGCCCUUAUUAUCAUAAUAGCAAAGAUAGAAGAAGGAGUCCUAGAAAACACAAAUACAGAUCCUCCCCAUGCCCUAGCGUGAAACAUGGAGAUGAGUGGGGAGAUCCUAGUAAGUGUGACAAUGGAGAUGCAUGCCAGUACUGUCAUACCCGUACAGAGCAACAGUUUCACCCAGAGAUCUACAAAUCCACAAAAUGUAACGAUAUGCAGCAAUCUGGCAGCUGUCCCAGGGGACCCUUCUGUGCCUUCGCACAUGUAGAACAACCACCACUUAGUGAAGAUUUACAGCCAACGUCGGCUGUCUCUAGCCCAACGCAAGCUGGCCCUGUAAUGUACAUGCCCUCAGCAGCAGGCGAUUCUGUUCCUGUCAGCCCUUCUAGUCCACAAGCCCCAGACCUUAGCAAUGUAUGGAAUAAACCAGGAACGCUACCAACUAGCCCUACUUCUGCUACAAUCCUCUGUAGAAAUAGCAGUCUUGGAAGCCCAUCUAAUUUAUGUGGAUCCCCUCCUGGUGCAAUUGGAAAACCCCAUAGUUUGGAAAGCAUUGGUUUCCCCACAGAUUCAGUAACUAGUGCAAGUAGCUAUAAAAAGGCGCCCGGAUUUGAACGGGAAGACCUGGUUGGAGCAGAGUAUCUAAAAAAUUUCAAAUGCCAGCAGGCAAAAAUCAAAUCCCAUUCCAUGGAACAUAGAACCCAAGAACAACCUCUGUUACAACCCAAGCAGGAUAUAUUAGGGAUUCUUCCAGUUGGCAGCCCACUGACAUCUAGCAUCUCCUCUAGCAUUACUUCUAGUUUGGCAGCAACACCACCGAGCCCAGCAGGCACCAGCAGUGUACCAGGCAUGAAUGCCAAUGCCCUUCCUUUCUACCCAACUAGUGACACUGUGGAGUCCGUGAUAGAGUCUGCCUUGGAUGACCUGGACCUGAACGAAUUCGGAGUGGCUGCCCUGGAGAAGACAUUUGACAGCAGCUCGGUGCCCCACACGAGUGGCAUCAUGAUAGGUGGGAGUUUGCUGCAAAGUUCUGCUCCUGUAAAUAUCCCUGGGUCCCUUGGAAGUUCUGCCUCCUUUCACUCUGCCUCUCCUUCUCCACCGGUCAGCUUAUCAUCGCAUUUCCUCCAUCAGUCCCAGGGACACUUAAGCCAAUCAGAAAAUACUUUCCUGGGGACAUCAGCUUCUCAUGGAUCAUUAGGUUUAAAUGGAAUGAACAGCAGCAUAUGGGAGCAUUUUGCUUCAGGAAGUUUUUCACCCAGUACUUCACCUGCAUUUCUGUCAGGUCCAGGUGCUGCUGAACUGGCCAGGUUGCGGCAAGAAUUAGACGAAGCUAACAGCACGAUAAAACAGUGGGAAGAUUCUUGGAAACAAGCCAAACAGGCCUGUGAUGCAUGGAAAAAAGAAGCAGAGGAAGCUAACGAUCGUGCAAGUACAGCAACCCUAGAAUGUGAGUUAGCCCGGGAACAGAGAGAAACCUUGGAACUGCAAGUCAAGAAACUCCAGGAAGAAAUCGAGCGGAUCCAUACUGGCCAGGACCCCCAGUUCCUGCGCUCAUUCUCUGAUUUAGAAAAUCUCUCCUUGUCCACACUCUAUAAUCUCCAAAAACAGUUGCGUGCCAAUUUAGAAAGAGUUGAUAAGGCAGUGUUUCAGUUGCAGUCGGUGAAAUGCCUCAAGUGCCAGGAAGAGAACCGGGUGGUACUACCGUGCCAACACACUGUGCUGUGUGAAACAUGUGCCGAGGAGGGUGAAUGUCCCAUCUGCCAUCCCAACAGGCCACAUGCUCUCCAGUCGUGACUGUACUAGGACAUUUGUUUAGCAUAUCACAUAGAAUUUUUAAACUUUUUCAGACCUAUAUAUUAUAUAUAUAUAUAUAUAUACACAUAUAUAUAUAUAUACAUAUAUAUGUCUAUAUAUAUCUGUGUGUGAAUGUGUGUGUAUAUAUGUACGUAUGCACACACACACAUAAAAACAAAAUAUUAGUUGCAGAGCACUUUUUUAAUACUUUGCAUCUCCCAUUUAAAGGAUCCCUGCUCCCAACCCAUGCAGUCCCAUUAAUUCUAACACAUUAGGGACUUUUAGAGCAGUUUUUUAAUAUAGAUCAAAGGGCCAUUUGCAAAAUCUGUUUCUCCUCCCUCCCUUUUUUAAUUAGGAAAUAAUCUUUUUUUAGCCUUUUCUGGAGAGAUAUUUAGAGGGAGGAUGAAGAGAGUUUGCAAGUGAUUUCCAAGCUAAGGAUUGGGUUUUGGGGGAAGAGAAAAGAUAGAAAUAAAUUUUCAAUUCAUUUCCUUCUUUCAUACUAUAGUAUUUAGUAUUUUUAUUUGUAUCACAACCAUUACAGGUGUGCAAAGCCUUUGAAGCAACUCUUUUGCAAUGCACAAAAAGGCAAGACAUCUUUCUUUAAAUUGCUAAAGCAGCUGUAUUUUUUGCAAUGUUCACUCCAGGAAUGGCUUUCAAGGCUGCUGGGUAAAUCUUGCAAAAGGAUGAUUUGUUUUAACAAUUAGAAGAGUGAUGCUUUCUUCAUGCUGUGUGCUUUCUGAAACACUUCUUUCACAGGCUUUAUGCAGCCAUAAUAAUCUUACCCGUGCUGGUCAGUAAUCCCUGCUUAUGAGCCUCAAUGAUUCAGCAUUCUUGUGGCCUCCAGUAUUGUGAAAGUUUCUUGACUUGUCUCUUGGAAAACCAAAAGUUCCUUUUUUGAAAAUCAUUUUGCAUACUUCUUUAAUUCUGUCCAAGGAAUAAAAACACAAAACACACUGUAGAGGUGAGGCCAAGGUUAACAUACUUUUUUUCAUCAGCAUUACUCUGCAGUAAGACUUUGAGAAACUUCAGUAGCACUUUUGAGUGGGACCUUGUAAAGAAAAAGUUUAGAUUUGUAAUCUGCAUUAUCAUGGAAAUGGAGAAGAGUUUCAGAAUCAGGCUUUGAUAAUGGAGCCACUUAGAGUCUUUUUGGUCUGUCUAAGAGAACUUUAUAACUCACCAAACAAAUUACAAUCCAUUAAAUUUCCUAGAUUUUUACCUCCCUGCAGAAAUUGAGCAUUUUAGUUUUUUUUUUUUAAAAAAAACAGAUUACAGAUGGCAAUACAUAGUGGGCUGUGCUUGGCUCAGUAAUCUAACUUGUUUAGUAUUGAAUACUUGGUAUUUCUUGCCAGUAGGAAGAAACAAAUCAACACAUUUCCUUUAUUAUUCUUAUCUAUGAAUGGUGCUGUCACAAGUGUUGUAGCUAAAAGCAACCAAUGGCCCUUUGUGCAUUCAGAAAUGGGGAAGAUGCAGAUUUGCAGCACAAAAUCACCUUUCCUGAACUGCGCAGCACUUCAUAUUGUUAACUUAGGGUAAGUGGUCACCAACACAAACAUGGGCAGAAUGCCGCAGAGAAGAUGUAUUUUUAUCUGCCUGUCAUAAGGCAAAGUGAUUUCUUUUCCUAUCUUUAUCCACAUUUAAUACAAGAAAACGUCUGAUAAGGUUUACAUAAUAUAGCUGACAACUUUUGUUAGAGUUGCAAACUGAACGAAACUUGGAUUCCCUAAAUUAGUAAUUUCUGCUAAAAUACAGAAUUAUGGU